AUGGAUCACUUGGGGACAGCGGAUGCGGAGGACGACGCUGGAUCACUAACGCGGCUCGCUCCUAGUCCUCACAGCGAAGCAGUUGCGCAUGAGUUUAAGGAACUCUCAUUGCAGCCCAAUCAGUACUUACCUCCUCUUAAUGAACGGAAGAAUGUACUUCAGCUGAGGCUCCAACAAAGACGGACACGAGAACAGCUGGUGGACCAGGGCAUCAUGCCACCUUUGAAAAGUCCAGCUGCAUUCCAUGAGCAGAUAAAGAGCCUGGAGCGAGCCAGGACUGAAAAUUUUUUGAAGCACAAGAUUCGCAGCAGGCCGGACCGGUCUGAGCUGGUCAGAAUGCACAUCCUCGAAGAGACCUUUGCAGAGCCUUCACUACAAGCCACUCAGAUGAAGCUGAAGAGAGCUCGGUUGGCAGAUGAUCUGAAUGAGAAGAUUGCUCAGAGGCCUGGCCCUAUGGAACUGGUAGAAAAAAAUAUUCUUCCUGUAGACUCCAGCGUUAAAGAAGCUAUUAUAGCAGUUGGACAAGAGAAUUAUCCUCAAGCUUUGGAUGAUUAUUCAUUUGAUGAAGACAGCAGUGAUGCUUUAUCACCAGAUCAGCCAGCCAGCCAAGAAUCCCAGGGUCCAGCAGCUUCCCCUGGUGAGCCAAAAACAAGUGACUCACCAUCACCAAUAACACCAAAUGCUGCUACGUCAACACAGUAUCCACCUUUAACCUCUCCAGUUCCUGAAUUUCUCAAAACUCCCUCUGCAAUCGAACAGCACGUUACACGUUCUACUGCUACAACUACCCUGACCACAAAUACUGUAUCUGCAGCAAAGCCUGGGCCAACAUUAGUAAAGCAAAGCCACCCAAAGAACCCAAAUGAUAAGCAUCGGAGCAAGAAAUGUAAAGAACCUAAGCCAAGGGUGAAAAAAUUGAAGUAUCAUCAAUAUAUUCCACCUGAUCAGAAAGGUGAGAAAAACGAGCCACAGAUGGACUCCAACUAUGCUCGUCUGCUACAACAGCAGCAACUGUUUUUGCAGCUGCAGAUCCUGAGCCAACAGCAACAACACUACAACUACCAGACAAUUCUACCUGCACCGCUAAAGCCACUGAAUGACAAACAGAGUAACAACGGGAAUGCGCCACUGAACACUUUGAACAACAGUACACCAACAUCAGCUGCCAGCUCACCAAGACAGAACAGUAAUAUUCCUAGCCGGAAACCAGGACCUCUACCUUCAAGCUUGGAUGACUUGAAGGUAGCGGAGCUUAAAAUGGAGUUGAAAUUGAGGGGAUUACCAGUAUCUGGAACAAAAACAGAUCUUAUUGAGCGUCUGAAACCCUAUCAAGAUCUUAAUAACAAUGGGGUUGCUACUAGUAGCUCUGUUACAGUAACCACUUCUACUGGGGCCACAGGUAACACUGGGGAAGUGACUGUGGCAUUUCCUGUUGCAACACUAAAUAAGCCAGUGGCUAACACGAUAUCCAGCUUUCCUCCAGAAAAAACAGCUACUGGACCUGGCUGCAAAGUAGUAAAUACUGAAAACAUCAGCUCUCCUUUGCCUAUAUCUCCCUCUCCUUCAGAACAAUCUAGUCUAAGCACAGAUGAUACUAGUAUGGCAGAUACUUUCACAGAAAUGAUGACCAUGAUGUCACCAUCCCAGUUCUUAAGUACUUCGCCACUAAGAGCAAAUAUGAGUGAUGAUAAUCAGAAUCGCAGUAGUGGAAGCAUCUCAACCAUGGAGUUCGAUGUAGCAGAAAAGGACCGCAAGCUUCAAGAGAAAGAAAAGCAGAUUGAAGAGCUCAAAAGGAAACUGGAACAAGAGCAAAAGCUUGUGGAAGUACUGAAAAUGCAACUUGAGGUUGAAAAACGGGGACAACAGCAACAGUCUCAGGCUUCUGGUAACUCAACUGCUUUGGAACAGAAGCAAUUCAGUCCUGCUGUCAAAGAUGAAAAUGCUCUUACUGACUGCUCUAGUACAAGUCAAUCUGUACCUGUAGCUAGUCAUUCUUUAGGACAAUCGGUAUAUACUAGUGGCCAGAAUCCAGUUGCCAAAAAGGCGGUUGUUAUCAAGCAGGAGAUACCUGUGGCCAAAGCUGAACCUCAGAAUGCCAUUUCUCAAUUUUAUGUUAACCCACAGAGGCAGCCACAAACUGCAGUUGUUGCCCAACCUCAAGCUUUAUUAACUACUCAAGGAACUGCACAGCUUCUCCUUCCGCUGUCUAUCCAGGGACCGAAUUCUACCACUGCAGUGCAGCUACCAGUUGGAAAUAUAAAGUUGCAGGCUCAAUCACAAGCUGGAAUACAGACCCCAUCACAAAUACCUGCUCCUAUUUCUUCCUCUGGCCUGGUCCAGACAGCACCUCAGAUGCAUACUCCACAAUCAAAACAAAAUACCAUCACGCAGCAUGCACUUGGUCAGACCCAACAAAUCAGAAAGGUUUUUCCACCUACCACAUCAAAUACAGUAUUUUCCUAUCAGACUGCACCGGUUACAACACCUUCACAGUCUUUUAUUAAUAAAACAUCAAACUCUAACAUUCACGCUGGUAGUAAUCAGGUUCCCUCUGUGCAGAAUGGACCUGCUACUCCUAAUAAGCCUGGCUCUCCAUCUCAAGCCCAGCCUUAUAUUGUUCAACAAUCCCUCUUCAACAACACAGUAUCCAAGACAAAAGAUCCUCCUCGUUAUGAAGAGGCCAUAAAACAGACCCGCAAUAUGCAGACAUCGCACCGUGAGGUUUCCAGUGCGCACAGUCAGCAGAUGGAUGAUCUUUUUGAUAUUCUCAUCAAGAGCGGAGAGAUUUCCCUUCCAAUAAAGGAGGAACCAUCUCCCAUUUCUAAAAUGAGACCAGUAACAGCCAACAUCACUACAAUGCCAGUGAAUACAGUGAUAUCCCGCCCACCACCACAAAUCCAAAUGGCCCCUCCUCCUGUGUCCUUAGAACCAACAACCAGCUUGUCCAUAAGUUUGGAAAACCAACUUGAAGCCCUCUUGGAUGGAACUUUACCAUCAGGUAAUGAAAUUCCUCAACUGACAAGCAGUAACGAGGACAGAGAGUCAUUUUCUUUAAUUGAAGACCUCCAGAAUGAUCUGCUUAAUCACUCCAGCAUUUUAGAUCACUCUCAUUCACCCAUGGAAACAUCCGACCCACAGUUUACCACUAGUAAUUCUUGUCUGUCUCUUGACCUUCCUGAUACGAAUUUGGACAAUAUGGAAUGGCUAGACAUUACAAUGCCCAGCUCCUCAUCUGGACUCACUCCUCUCAGUUCUACUGCCCCCAGCGUGUUUUCCACUGACUUUCUAGAUCCACAAGAUCUACAGUUGCACUGGGAUUAAGCUAUAGCCAAUGAGAACAUGACCUGCAAGUCUCUUUACAGCAGAGGUCCAUUAUUAUACCAUUCUGAUUGCAGUUGAGGUAAAUUAAGACAGUAAUGUUUGGAAGAACAAAUGCUUGAAGCUAAUUCCUUAUUGAUUUUCAAGUUUACAACAGUGAAUUACUUUAUGCUCCUAUCAGUAAUGCAGAUCAGGGCCCUCUGAAAGCUGUAUUUCACAAGUCGAGAAAGGAUGAUUGUACUUACUGAUUGAAAGUACCCCAAGGUAAAUGCAUCACAAAUAUUUAAGAAAGAAGUUAUGUCUCCGACCUUGUAAUGCUUAAAUGAGCAACACAACAUGGCUAAACUUUCAGAAGAAAAAGUGAGAUUUCAACUGUCUAUAUUGACACAGUGAGCAAAUGUUUGGGGGAGGGUGAGGUAUCACUGCACUUCAUUGUUCCUGUGGAUAGCCUGAGCCAGGUUCAAAAUGAAUUGUGAGGGCAAAGGCAAGUAAAAGCACUGGCUGGUUCAGUGAAAUUUCAUAUAUCUAGUCUCUUAAUUUGUUCAAGUUGUUUUUAUAUUUUGGUUUUGUGGUUUUUAAAACUCUUCCCCCAUUCUUU